UUCCUGUGGGCGUGACUCUCGCUACAACGUAUUCUUGCCAAAAAAUCUGAGCCUUAGAUGUAAUCGGUUCCGUUGAUGCCGCCAUUUCAAAUCGAAAUAUAGGGACAGGGUAUAUAUAAUAUUUUUUACAUUUUUUAUUUGCAAAUCUUUUUAUAUUUUCUUUUUAUUUAGAGUACGUAUCUAUAUUUAGUUGUAUUUCUGGACCUCAAUAGUCUUCAUAACCAGUAAGAUGGACGCAGAUACAGAGCAGGUGACGGACAACACAGAAACUUCCCAAGAUGCAUCUGAGGAGCCAAUAACAGAAAACAAAUCCAGGGGUCGUGGUGGGUUCAAAGGGCGUGGCCAGGGGUUCCGGAUUGGUCGAGGAGGCAUGCAUGGUGGGCGGGGCCUGAUGAUGAAAGGAUUUGGCCCACCCGGACGAGGCAGGGGGGAUAGAGGACGGGGUGGGGACAUGAAUGGGUUUGGACCCAUGAGGAGAGGGAUGGGGAGGAUGCGGCCGUACCCAGACAUGAGGGGCAGGAGAGGAGGGAGGGUCGCUCUGAUGGGGAGGGGCGGGCCAAUGGGGAGGGGCGGUCUGAUGGGGAGGGGCGGUCUGAUGGGGAGGGGCGGUCCGAUGGGGAGGGGCGGUCCUAUGGGAAGGGGCGGUCCUAUAGGGAGAGGCGGACCUAUGGGCAUGGGUCCUCCUCCACCCCCACCCAUGCACCUGAGAGGCCCCUACCCACCAAUGCACAGACACGGCCCCCCUCCGCCUCCCUCCCUGGGCCACCCUGGUUUUAGAGGGCACCCACCACACCCCAGAGGAAGAGGCAUGUCCCCCGGACCCCCACGCCACUUCCACCCCAGGGGCCCCAGAGGCUACCACAAUGGACCAGCUUCUCCUCCUCAUCAUCCCCCACCUGGCAGAGGCCAGAGGUGGCCAGGGCCCCCUGGUGGCCGACGGUUUUAACGCAGCCUGCCCUAAAAUAAUACAGUAACAGAGAGCUUUACAGUCUAUAGCAGCAAGCCUACUGGGCUGGGGUGGCUAAACUGAUCUAAGAGCACCUUAAUAUGUGUCAUAAAAAGAAGACCCCUUUUUAAACAUCCUUAUGGAACACCCUGUAGCCAAAUAUCUGGAUAUUGAUAUCGUAUACCAGAGGAGAAGAUGUGAAUCAACAAGUGGACACUUAAAUGCCUCAGACCUUAACAGUACAUAAAGGCAUUCUCACUUUCAUUGUAACUUUUGUUAUUAGAAAAAAAUGUGCUCUUGGUAUUAGGACAAAGUUGUAUAGUAUUGAGAGAAUGAAAAUAUUAUUAAAAAAAGAGUCCCAAAGGGAUGAUAAGUGUUGAUAUUCAAAUCCCUUAGAUGUCAUGUGGUCUUGUGGUGGUCACUCUGUGAACCUUAAGGAAUAUCUGACCCUAAUAAAAAGAGAAAUUACACAUUGUGUGUGAGUGAGAAAGAAAAGAAGGCGAGAAAGAAAGAAAAAAGAAAGCAAUGUGCAACAGCCCUCAAGCACCAGUUACUAGCACUAGUUUCUUACACCUUGGACCUCCCUAACUUUCCCUUUUGUUACAUGGAUAUACUUUUGUAUUACAACUUCACCACGCAGUACACAACUACAGCAAAAGCUGUUUAGACUCACAUACACAUUCUUAAGUGAAAGACAAUAUUUUUCAUGUCAAGUAUUCAUGAUUAUUUUACGUGACAUUUUUAUAUGAUUAAUGUGCAGCUAUUUUAAGUUAAUGCAUAUUGCUAUUUGGAACAAUUCAUGCUUGUGUUCAGCAAUCUAUAUUGUGGAAUGACUAAAGAACUUAAAUUAAUACUAUAUUGAAAUAAUAUAACAAAUAUAUAGUAUAUAUACUAGCAGCAUUUACAGUAUAUUUCAAAGCAAAUUACGAAACAAGUAAUUGCUUCAGUUUAGUCUAAGAUACUUACUAUUCAGUGUGUUAAGUUUUGAAGUGUUAUCAUACGUUAUACUUACUGUAACUGACAUAACUUUGUGGAUUUGUGGAUGUACUUUUGGAAAACAGUAACAGCUAUGACGUAGUCGUGAAGGAAAAAAAUAAAAGUAAAACUUAACUGAA